AUGGGCGGCCCGCGGGCCUGGGCGCUGCUCUGCCUCGGGCUCCUGCUCCCGGGAGGCGGCGCCGCGUGGAGCGUCGGGGGAGCCGCGUUCUCCGGACGCAGGAACUGGUGCUCAUAUGUGGUGACUCGCACUAUCUCAUGCCACGUGCAAAAUGGCACCUACCUUCAGCGAGUGCUGCAGAACUGCCCCUGGCCCAUGAGCUGCCCGGGGAGCAGCUACAGAACCGUGGUGAGACCCACGUACAAGGUGAUGUACAAGACAGUGACUGCCCGCGAGUGGAGGUGCUGCCCUGGGCACGCAGGGGUGAGCUGCGAGGAAGUUGCAGGCUCCUCUGGCUUCGUGGAGCCUGGCUGGUCCGGCCACACCAUGCGGCGGAUGGAGCUUCGGCCCAUGGCUUUCUCAGGUUGUCUCAACUGCAGCAAAGUGUCAGAGCUGACAGAACGUCUGAAGGUGCUGGAGGCCAAGGUGGCCCUGCUGACAGUCACGGAGCAGGCAGUGCCCCCAACCCCAGCUACCCCUGUGGACCCUGCCCCGCUCUGGGGCUCCCCAGCUGCCCAGGGCAGCCCCGGAGAUGGAAGCCUCCAGAACCGAGUCAGUGCUCGAGGGCUGCCUGGGCCCCCUGGCCCCAAGGGAGAUGUCGGCAGCCGGGGCCCAAUGGGGAUGAGAGGUCCACCAGGUCCACAGGGCCCCCCAGGGAGCCCUGGCCAGGCUGGAGCUGUGGGCACCCCUGGAGAGAGGGGACUUCCAGGCCCUCCUGGCCCUCCUGGUCCUCCUGGGCUCCCAGCCCCUGUUGGCCCACCCCAUGCCUGGAUCUCCCAGCAUGGGGACCCAUUACUGUCCAACAUCUUCACUGAGACAAGCCACUGGCCCCAGAGACCCACUGGCCUCCCAGGCCCCCCAGGGCCCAUGGGUCCCCCUGGACCUCCUGGCCCCACAGGUGUCCCUGGGAGUCCUGGAAACAUGGGACCUCCAGGCCCCACUGGACCCAAAGGAAUCUCUGGCCACCCAGGAGAGAAGGGCGAGAGAGGACUGCGUGGGGAGCCUGGCCCCCAAGGCUCUGCGGGGCAACGGGGAGAACCUGGCCCCAAGGGAGACCCUGGUGAGAAGAGCCACUGGGCUCCUAGCUUACAGAGCUUCCUGCAGCAGCAGGCUCAGCUGGAGCUCCUGGCCCGACGGGUCACCCUGCUGGAAGCCAUCAUCUGGCCAGAACCAGAGCUGGGGUCCGGGACAAGCCCUGCCGGUACAGGCACCCCCAGCCUCCUUCGGGGCAAGAGGGGAAGACAUGCAGCCAACUACCGGAUCGUGGCCCCCAGGAGCCGGAAUGAGAGAGGCUGA